AUGCGCUUUGCAGAAACCAGCGAUAAUCGUCGGGGAGAGCCAAUCCUUACUAGACUUUGCAAAGAGUCCGAAGAGCAACCACAGCAGCGUCCUCAAGUUCGCAGAAGAGCCGGUCGAUACCCGUAUGCAACAAGUCUUACCUUGCAAAUAAAUGCAGUUGCCGACCGCCAAAAGGGCCUGCCUAUUGCCGUCACGCGGGACGAAGCAGGUGUGCUUGAUAUAAACUUCCAACGUCAAUUCAGGCUGAUUCAGGCUAAGACCGACGACCUAGAGCUUUGCGUUUGCACCAAGAACAUCAUUGCAGAUGUCGAAUUGGCAAACGCACAUGCGCCAUCUUGGAAUCCAUACUGGGAUUGUCAACUUCUAUCUCGACCCAAAGUACCUGCGUGGUAUGUUCAUGAUUGCGAGACAUCUCUUCCUCAGCCCAGGAGAUAUGUGGAGCUCAAUAACGACACACGAGGAGUCAUUGUUGGUUGCAAUAUCAACGGUUUUGUGAGCCUUGAAACGUAUGGCCACGGUGGUAAACCACAUCACUAUGCUCAACGCAGGGAUGUGGCCCCAAAACUUACUGCAUAUAUAUGUCUUCCUCUUGCCAAGGGCGAGUUUAUUACUGCUGCAUGGAUUCGUGAGUUGAACAACGCGAUAAGCAUUCGCGAGCCUGUUCUUGUGUUGAGCACAUGCUUUCAGCGUACCUGUACCUCUGGGCCUUAUGUGCCGAGGGAAUGCCAGCAAGAAUACCGGUAUGAAGCUCUCGUUGAGCAAAGUGCCCAUCGGAUCACAGGGUUCUGCUACAACGACAAGGGGGGUUUACCCUCCAGCCAAGCAAAGAUUGGUGUCACCUACGAAGAGAAGCCAAUGGGACCGCUAUCCAAUCCACCUUUCCAAGCUGCGUAUACUCUCCCCAAUUCGCGAAUACCGCAAUGGUUCGUGUCCUCGGCAUGUCUCGCUGGAGCACUUCACGUACGGUUAUUUGUUGAUACGAAACAACCCCACACGCCGACCAUGGGAAUGCUGCUCACGUACGGAAAUCGCCAGGAAUCAUUAGGGCAGUGCAGAUUCGACUGCGAUGUGGAGGAUUAUGACCUGACAGGACCAAUUUAUUUCUCCUCUGGGGAGACUGAAUUUGGCCCUUACACAAACAUCACUUGCAACAGUGUCAAGGAGCAAGGCUGGAGGGAAAUUCCUCCAACAGCGAAACUCGUGUGGUGGUUCACGGCUACUUGUUCGCAACUAGAUGUCAGUAUAAUAUAA